AUGGGGAACGCAGCUGCGGGCUAUUCUUUGAAGGCCUACGUCGUCUGCAUCAUUUUAGCCGCGGUCGCGCUCCGCCUCCUCACAAAUCGAUUCAAACGUGGGCUUCGAGAUAUUCCUGGGCCGACAGUUGCAAAAUACACACGGUUGUGGAAGCUGCACAGUGUCUGGAAGGGAGAUCACCAGAACGCCGCCGUUGAUUUGCAUCGGAAGUACGGAGCUCUGGUUCGCAUCGGCCCUAAGCAUGUAUCUGUCAGCGACCCUGACGCCAUUCAAGUCAUCUACGGUCUUAACAAGGGCUUCACCAAAACGGGCUUUUAUCCUAUCCAGUGUAUAUCAUGGAAGAAGAAACCCCAAAUGAAUCUUUUCUCCACCCGUGACGAGAAGUUCCAUCGUGAACAGAAGCGACCUGUGGCCAACGCCUACAGCAUGACUGCUCUUCUUGAGCUCGAAGCCUCUAUUGACUCGUGCACACAAAUCUUCGUGUCUCAGUUAAGGAAAUCCGCAGAUCGGAAAGCUUCCGUCGAUCUAGGAGCCUGGCUACAAUACUACGCUUUUGACGUGGUGGGUGAGCUUACGUUUGCGAAAAAGCUAGGUUUCUUGGAGGAAGGACGAGAUAUUGAUGGGAUGAUUGAGGCAAUCCAGGGCAUGCUAGCCUACGCCAGCGUGUGUGGCCAGGUACCCGAAAUGCAUCCCUUGCUGCUUGGGAAUCCUCUCUUCCCGAUCCUCGUGCCUAGUAUGGAGACCUGGAACCAGGUUCUUCAAUUCACUCUCAAGGCAAUCAAUUCACGUUCAUCCAUACAGCGUGAUGGUGAACUUGACGAAGUUGAGAAGGGAGGAGGAAAGGAUAUGUUGUCUAGAUGGAUGCAAAUUCACCAUUCAGAUCCUGAGAAGCUCUCCACGAGAGAUGUUAUCGUGCAUCUUUCAACAAAUGUCUUUGCUGGAUCUGAUACAACAGCCAUUGCACUUCGAGCCGUUUUCUAUUUCCUCAUGCGCCAUCCAGCGGCCAUGACGAAAGUGCAAACCGAACUUGAUAGUGCAGCAUCUAGUCAGAAACUCAGUAACCCAGUGUCAUACCGGGAAUCCAUUACACAUCUCCCCUACCUGGGUGCAGUCCUCAAAGAGGCUAUGAGACUACAUCCAUCCGUUGGAUUGAUCCUCGAGCGUGAAGUACCGAAGGGGGGAGUGUCAAUAAGUGGAAAGCAAAUUCCGGGCGGAACGAUAGUCGGCAUCAAUGCGUGGGUUUUGCAUCGAAACGGUAAAAUAUUCCCUGAUCCCGAUUCGUUUAUACCUGAGCGAUGGCUCGAGAGUUCUUCCGAAGCACUGAAGGAGAUGGAGAAGAGCUUUUUCACAUUUGGAGCUGGAUCGCGAACAUGCAUCGGCAAGAACAUCUCCCUUAUAGAGAUGCAGAAAAUCAUACCACAGCUGCUGCGUGAAUUCGAGAUCCGACUGCACAGCCCAGAGCAAGAUUGGAAAACCCGGAAUGCAUGGUUUGUUCAACAGGAAGGGCUAAUCUGCGACCUUGUGCGGAGAAAGGACAUGGCAUGA